AACGUUUGAGAGUCUCUGAAUAAAACAGCACUUGGGCCGGCACUCAGGGAGACAGCGGGACAGAGUUCUCCGUGCAGGAGGAGGGCUCGGGGCAGAGUACGGAGUCCCCAGGCCUGGCUCUCAGGGUCUCAGCCCAGGUCCCUGCCAGUAGACGCUUGGUUUUGGGAAGUCCCCUUCUCUCUCACAACCCACGUCAAGUCCUACUUCAUGGAUACUCAUGACUCUUCCCCAGUUCUCACUCCCAUUGGGUGUAGGAACACCAGAGCAGCCAAUCAGCGUCACCGUGGUUUCGGGUUUGAAGUCCUCACAGACAACCAGAACUCAUUCUUCCCAGACGUUCAUGGUCUCGAUCAUGAGGCUCAGACUGCUGCUCCUGCUGCUCUCGGGGGCCUUGGCGCUGACCGAGACCUGGGCCGGCCCUCACACCAUGAGUAUUCUCAACAUCACCACGUCCGGACCGGGCCGCGGGAAGAACCGGUACAUCGGCGUCAUCUACGUGGACGACACCGAGGUCCAGGGGUUCGACACCGACGCCCCCAACCCGAGGCUGGAGCCGCGGGUGCCGUGGAUGAAGGACCCGUGGGUGGAGCAGGAGAUGCCGGGGUAUUGGAAAGAGCGGACGGGCGUUUGCACGCACUACGCACAGAUUAGUGAAGGGAAACUGAACACCGUGCGCGGCCACUUCAACCAGAGCGAGGACGUGUCCCACACCUUCCAGGAAACGUGUGGCUGCACCGUGGGGUCCGAUGGGCGCUUUCUCGGCGGGUACAGUCGGUUCCUCUACGACGGCACCGAAUACAUCUCCCUGAACGAGGACCUGCGCUCCUGGACCGCGGAGGACACAGCAACCCAGGUCACCUGGCGUGAGGUGGUGCAGGUCCCUGAUGCAGAGAGCAGAAGGGCUUACCUGGAGGGCGAGUGCGUGCACCAGCUCCACCUGUACCUGGAGAAGGGGAAGGAGACCUUGCUCCGAGCAGACCCUCCAAAGACACAAGUGACCCACCACCCCAUCUCUGACCAUGAGGUCACCCUGAAGUGCUGGGCCCUGGGCUUCUACCCUGUGGACAUCACCCUGACCUGGCAGCGUGAAGGGGAGGACCUGACCCAGGACAUGGAGCUUGUGGAGACCAGGCCUGCGGGGGAUGGGACCUUCCAGAAGUGGGCAGCUGUGGCCGUGCCCCCUGGAGAGGAGCAGAGAUACACAUGCCAUGUGCAGCACCAGGGGCUGCCUGAGCCCCUGACCCUGAGAUGGGAGCCCCCUCCUCAGACCACCAUCACCAUCAUUGUGAGCAUUGCUGCUGCCCUGGGUCUCCUUGGAGCUGUGGUCACUGGAGCUGUUCUGUGGAGGAGGAAGUGCUCAGGUGGGCAAGGGGUGGGGCUGAGUUUCCUGUCCCCCUGGGGGUCAAGCCCAGGUGGAAGUGUGCUCUGCCAUGUUAAUGGACAUUGUAGCCCCACACGGGUGCUUGUCCAUCUGGGGCCUAUUUCCUAACACUGACUCUUUAGUGAGGCCCCUGGGAAAGUGAGGGACACAUUUAUCACCUUAUGGUUCUAGUGAUGGGGACUGAUUCCCAGGUGUCACAGGUCAGAAGGAAGGUCACUGUUCAGGACAGAUGUCCAGAAGGCCAGUUGGUACAGUCCCCACACAUGUACUGUCCCUGUAUUU